AUGGAUGAUUUUGCAAUUGAUGAAAUAGACAUUUUGGAUGGAGAUGAAUCUGAAAAUUUGUUGGUACAUGAAGUAUUCAAUUUGCCGGUAGAUGAAGUAGAGAAGUGUAAUGGAAGUGAGACCUCAAAUGAUGUUGGUUUUGAGCCUCACGAAGGGAUGGAGUUCUCUAGUAAAGAAGCUGCAAAUGACUUCUACAAUGCGUAUGGAUAUGUGCUUGGGUUCAGUAUUCGUGUGAAUAGUGGUUACAAGAAUGCACAAGGUACCAUCACUUCAAUGAGAUUGGUUUGUAGUAAACAAGGGUUUAACAAGCAACACAAAUGUCAAUUCGAAGAGCCAUUUGAGGUGGCUGAGAGACCAAACUCAGGAACACCUGAAAAGUCAGUACCAGAAAGAAGAACUGGUUGUAAGGCUUUAUUUCAUGUUAGACUACAUGAAGGUGGAAUUUGGAAGGUAACAGGCUUCCACAAAGACCAUAAUCACGAGUUUGUUGGUAGUACUCCAUCAAAAAAACGACAUCUUCGUUCUCACAAGACAAUUACAGCUGAGGAAAGGGCAGAUAUCAAGUUGUUAAGUGAGCAAAAUGUAGGUGCUACUCAAAUAAGAGAGUAUCUUGCAGCAAAGGCUGGCAGUAAAGCAAACCUUCAUUAUGGUAAGAAAGAUGUUAACAAUCAGAUUUCAAAGGAGAAUAGAAGCUUAGUCGGGGUGGAUGUCAAUGCAAUGGUAGAUUACUUCAUACUAAGGCAACAAGGUGAUCCUGAGUUUUUCUUUGCUAUAGAACCCGAUGAAGACAAUUCUACUAAAAAUAUUUUUUGGGUUGAUGGACGAUCAAGAAGGGCAUAUAAAGAAGACCACUUGGGGGUUCUUUAUGGGGUAGUUCCUGGUUUUAAAGAUGAAUUGAGAGCUGUCAUCAACUUCAGCUUGACAGUUGAAGACUUUGAGAAAAAUUGGGAAGGCAUGCUUGAGAAGUAUAAGAUGCGAGACAACCCUCACCUUACCCUCAUGUAUGACAAACAAGAUAUAUGGGCCCCAGCCUACUUUCGUGGUUCUUUUUGUGCCGGCAUGUCUACUACGCAAAGAAGCGAGAGCAUGAAUGCAGUCACAAAGAUUUGGAUGGGAUCUAACACAUCACUUUACAAUUUUGCCAAGAAGUUUGAUAAAAUGGUGGAAGAAAAAUUGAAGAAGGCAUCUGGGUAUCGUGUGCAUGAGGUAGAGAAAGACGUACUUUACAAGGAAGUUGCCAAAGAGGCUGUCAAGUCUCGUCCUGCAAUUGAGAAAGCUCGUACACGUCUGAUUGAACUGAAAGAUGAAAGACCCGCCAAUCUCACGGUGCAAGGGAAAGAGGAAACCCAGAGGUUGAAGCCUCCAUCUGAAGUUAAAAAUGCAAAAAAGAUGCGAACUUGUAGUUAUUGUCACAAAAAAGAAGGUCACAAUAUGGCUACAUGCCCAAAGAAAUUGAAGGAUGGAAAAGCAGAAAAGGAUCAGGCAUAUUGCUUUAAAGAGGAUGAUGAUGUUGAGAUUGACAGUGACACUGAAGAUGAUGAUUACUAG